GUUAGAAAUUAGUGUAGUGCUAAUCGUUGUGCAAUAAAGACUUACUUACUAAAUAAUUUUUAAAAAUUGUAAUUUAAUACUAUUUAAUCAAUAAACCAUGAUAAGUGACAACGAUAAAGCACUAGUUUGUGCUUCGUUUAUUGUUAUGUGUGGCGAAUAUUUAAAAAAUAAAAAAAGUGUCAAAAGUCCAAAGAAGAGAAGGUGGUGGAUGACGACAAUACAUCAAAGUCGUAACAAGUACAAUGCAACAAAUCUCAUAGAAGACCUAAGACGAGAACUAUCCGGUAAAUUUGAAAACUUUUGCAGGAUGUCGGCCAUUGACUUUGAAUAUUUACUUAGUAAAAUUGGACCAGUUAUAAAAAAAAACGAUACAGUUAUGAGAGAAGCAAUUCCUGUACAAGAAAGGUUAGCAGUAACACUCAGGUUUUUGGCUUCCGGUGAUAGUUUUCGAAGUUUAUCUUAUUUAUUUAAAUUUUCUUCCCAAACUGUUUCCCGGUGCGUGUUUGACGUUUGUAACGCAUUGAUAGAUGUACUUAAGGAUGAAAUCAAAGUAAGAUUUUAA